AUGAAUGGAACGAAUGGAACGAAUAGAACAAAUGGUAAGAAUGGAACGAAUGGAAUAAAUGGAACGAAUGGAAUGAAUGGAACGAAUGAAAUGAAUGGAACGAAUGGAAUGAAUGGAACGAAUGGAAUGAAUGGAACGAAUGGAAUGAAUGGAACGAAUGGAAUGAAUGGAACGAAUGGAAUGAAUGGAACGAAUGGAAUGAAUGGAACGAAUGGAAUGAAUGGAACGAAUGGAAUGAAUGGAACGAAUGGAAUGAAUGGAACGAAUGGAAUGAAUGGAACGAAUGGAAUGAAUGGAACGAAUGGAAUGAAUGGAACGAAUGGAAUGAAUGGAACGAAUGGAAUGAAUGGAACGAAUGGAAUGAAUGGAACGAAUGGAAUGAAUGGAACGAAUGGAAUGAAUGGAACGAAUGGAAUGAAUGGAACGAAUGGAAUGAAUGGAACGAAUGGAAUGAAUGGAACGAAUGGAAUGAAUGGAACGAAUGGAAUGAAUGGAACGAAUGGAAUGAAUGGAACGAAUGGAAUGAAAGGAACGAAUGGAAUGAAUGGAACGAAUGGAAUGAAUGGAACGAAUGGAAUGAAUGGAACGAAUGGAAUGAAUGGAACGAAUGGAAUGAAUGGAACGAAUGGAAUGAAUGGAACUAAUGGAAUGAAUGGAACGAAUGGAAUGAAUGGAACGAAUGGAAUGAAUGGAACGAAUGGAAUGAAUGGAACGAAUGGAAUGAAUGGAACGAAUGGAAUGAAUGGAACGAAUGGAAUGAAUGGAACGAAUGGAAUGAAUGGAACGAAUGGAAUGAAUGGAACGAAUGGAAUGAAUGGAACGAAUGGAAUGAAUGGAACGAAUGGAAUGAAUGGAACGAAUGGAAUGAAUGGAACGAAUGGAAUGAAUGGAACGAAUGGAAUGAAUGGAACGAAUGGAAUGAAUGGAACGAAUGGAAUGAAUGGAACGAAUGGAAUGAAUGGAACGAAUGGAAUGAAUGGAACGAAUGGAAUGAAUGGAACGAAUGGAAUGAAUGGAACGAAUGGAAUGAAUGGAGCGAAUGGAAUGAAUGGAACGAAUGGAAUGAAUGGAACGAAUGGAAUGAAUGGAACGAAUGGAAUGAAUGGAACGAAUGGAAUGAAUGGAACGAAUGGAAUGAAUGGAACGAAUGGAAUGAAUGGAACGAAUGGAAUGAAUGGAACGAAUGGAAUGAAUGGAACGAAUGGAAUGAAUGGAACGAAUUGA